AUGAGCGACCGUGACCGCCACCGCGAUAGAGAAAGAGAGCGAAGACGAGACAGGGGCGACCACCGCGAUCGCGACCGUGACAAGGACGACCACCGCGAUCGAGACCGAGACCGUGACCGCGACCGCGACAGAGCACGCAGCAAGAGAUCCCGUACACGUUCACCUGACCGUGUACGCUCUCGCCACUCUCGCUCCCGCUCUCCCGUCGACCGAUCCCACCGUCGACGCCACCACCGAACGCCUUCCCCUGACCCUCCCAGGAAGCGUCACCGACGGGACUCAGUGGAUGACGACCACAAAGACCAUAAAGACACGAAGAAAGUGGUGUCUGACUUUGUUGAUGGAAUUGCGAAGGAACAGAAGCAGCAGAAGCAGACGGAGAAUGGGGAGGAAGUUGAGGUGAACGAGGAUGAGUUGGAGAUGAUGAAGAUGAUGGGAAUUCCUAUAGGUUUUGACUCCACUAAGGGAAAGCCGGUACCUGGCGCUGAUGUAAGCGGGGUUAGAGCGGUCACGAAACGGCAACCGAGGCAGUACAUGAAUCGUCGCGGUGGUUUCAAUCGUCCAUUGCCUGCUGAGAAGAAUCGCUAG